GUGAACAUGAAGUGGCUCAUAGCUUUAAGUGCUCUGAUUUUUGCCGUAAAUUUGACAUUAAGUUUGCAAAUUUUAGCAGUUCUUCCACUUUCUAUGAAAUCUCAUCUUGCGAUUGGAAACUCAAUUGUUAAUAGUUUGUUGGAAGCAGGACAUAAUGUGACAGCAAUUUCAAAUUUAAUUCCAGAUAAGCCUAGUGAUAAUUAUCGGGUAGUGCAGAUACCCGAUGUUAUGAAAGAGUUUCAAGACCAAGAACCAAAUCCUUUUGAGUACAUCGACUUUCCGAUAUUUUUUUCUGUGAUUAUGAUGCCACCUUUUGGUGCUGACAUGGUUAAAUUGGUAAUGAAGUCCGAAAAUCUUGAUGCUUUCUUAAAAACUGAUGAAAAGUUUGAUGUCUGCAUUAUGGAGCUGUUUGGAAAUGAGGCAUUAAUGGGAAUACCCGAAAAAUUCAACUGUGCAUUGAUUUUCUACAACACAUAUGACGCACUGUUCUGGUCAGACACAAUAUCUGGCAACACCUCGCCAGCAUCAUAUGUCCCAAAUCCAUUUUUAUGGUUCACUGAUAACAUGUCUUUCAAGCAAAGAUUAGUCAACACAGUUGUUGGAUUACUAGAAACUACAGUUCAUUAUGUACUGCACUUGCCAUGGCAGAGAUACCUCUAUAAUUCUUAUUUCCCAAAUGCAAAGCGAUCAUUUAACGAUAUGUACAAGAACUCAUCAAUUACUUUUAUUAAUAAUCAUGUAAGUUCAUCAUUCGUUCGACCCCACAUGCCAACUCAAAUUGAAAUCGGUGGAAUUCAUGUGAAACCAGCAAAACCUCUUGCAAGUGAUCUACAAAAAUAUAUGGACGAUGCUACUGAUGGAGUUAUUUUAUUUUCUAUGGGUUCGUACAUUGAUGGAACAGACUGGAAAGAGGAACAUCGGGAAAUGUUUAUUAAGGUAUUCGGAAAGCUUAAACAAAAGAUUAUUUGGAGAUACAGCAAUGAAACUCUGCCUGAUAAUCCUGGCAAUAUUAAAAUCGGACAUUGGUUCCCACAAAGAGACAUCCUUGCACAUCCAAACUUGAAAGUUUUUAUUACUCAUGGAGGAUUACUUGGUACAACAGAGGCUAUUGUUGAGGGAGUUCCAGUUCUUGGUAUUCCAGUUUUUGGUGAUCAAAUGAUGAACUUGAUGAAAACUGUUGCACGAGGUUAUGGAUUGCAGGUUCUUUAUCCUGAUCUGUCUGAAGAAACUUUCGGAAAUGCCUUAAAAGAAUUACUAAGAAAUCGAGUUUACAAGGAUAAGGCAAAGAAGAUAUCCAAAAUAUUUAAUGAUCGACCAAGAACCCCUCAGCAAGAAGUUGUGUAUUGGACGGAAUAUGUCGCAAGACACAACGGAGCUGCACAUCUUCAAGCUGAAUCUGUAAAUUUUAAUUACAUUCAGCUAUUCUCAUUUGAUGUUUACAUUAUCCUUGCCAUAAUAUCUUUAAUUGUUCUGUAUAUCGAGUUUAAGAUUCUAAAAAUAAUUCUCAGAAAAAUAUUCAAGAAAUCCAGCAAUAAGAAGAAGAAUCAAUAAGAACAUCACUUGAAAAAAAUUAUGUAAAUUUAUGAUGCCAUUGAUGUGUUCAGUAACGAUGACUUGCAAAAUUGUCAAUUAUAUUAAUAACACGAUAGAAAAGAAGAACUGCUGAUUCGUUGUCGCGGUCAAGGCAAUAAAAACAAAAACAA